AUGUAUAGAGCUCUUGGCAGACAUCGGCUCAUAUACCGUUCCCUCAUAUCAAACUACGUUAAAACUGGUCUUAUAGACAAAGCCCUCCAAGUGUUCGACAAAAUGUCUCAAUCAGAUUGUCGAGUUUUCAGCAUUGACUACAACCGUAUCAUUGGCGUUUUGGUAUGUCAUUCACGUUUCGAAUUAGUGGAACUGUAUUACGAUGCCAUGAUUCCAAAAGGGUAUUCUUUAAACUCAUUCACAUACUCAAGGUUUAUAUGUGGUUUAUGUAAAGUUAAAGACUUUAGAUUGAUUGAUAAACUUUUAAAAGACAUGAAUAGAAUAGGAGCUGUGCCUGAUAUGUGGGCAUACAAUAUGUAUUUAAAUGUUCUAUGUUCUGAAAGCUCAGUGGACAUAGCUUUAACAGUGUUGACAAACAUGGUUGAGAAGGGUAAAGAACCUGAUGUUGUGAGCUACACCACUGUUAUAAACGGUCUAAUGAGGGCUAAAAAGUUCAAUGAAGCUGUUGAAAUGUGGCAUGAAAUGAUCCGAAAAGGUAUAAAACCAGAUUCCAAUGCUUGUAGAGCUCUUGUUUUGGGUUUAUGUAAUGUUGGAAAGGUUGACUUAGCUUAUGAAUUAACAGUAGCUGUGAUGAAACUUUCCUUCAGCACACAAGUGUACAAUGUUCUUAUUCAUGGGUUUUGUAAAGCUGGUUGCCUUAAUAAAGCACUAGCAAUCAAGAGCUUUAUGAGAAGAAACGGGUGUCCACCUGAUUUGGUUACUUACAACAUGUUUUUGAAUUAUUAUUGUGAUGUACUGAUGUUAGAAGAAGCUGAAAAGCUAAUGAAGAGUAUGGAGAGAAGUGGUAUGAAGCUUGAUAGUUAUAGUUACAACCAAAUCAUCAAAGGUUUUUGCAAAGUGAAUCGUAUAGAAAAAGCAUACAUGUUAAUGGUGAGAAAGAUGGAAGUGAAAGGUAUGGUUGAUGUUGUAUCUUAUAACACAAUCAUUAAAGCUCUUUGUAAAGGGCCCCACAACACUAUGAAGGCGUAUGAGUUAUUUAAAGAAAUGGGCAUUCAAGGGAGAAUAUCAAUGGGUCAUGAUAUCUUUUGUGAUAUGGUGAAAGAUGGGAUUAAGCCUGAUGUUGUUUGUUAUAAUGCGAUUAUUGGUGGAUUUUGUAAGGGUUUUAGGAUCUUUCAGAGACUCUUGUUAAAUCCAUCCAUUCAAAACAUGCAUAUGGCAUAUAAGUAUUGGAAAAAAGGUUGAAUUAUUUUGAUUUGAAGUUGGGCAUAUGAGUAGAGUUGAUAUGCCACUUCAAAGUCUCAUCAUCUUUCCAAUUGACUUCAAGUUGCCGACCAAGGUGCUCGUUAAAUGAGGAGGGCAUUUACGUCAUUUGCACAUACGAGAAGCCGAGAGUGAGUCUAUUGUUCUAGUCCAAUGCAUGCCAAACACAGUACAAGACUAGCAGUCUAUUAUGUUUUGUCUCGUCAUGUGUAACAAAUGGGCUUUGAAGCACUUGAAGGAGACAAUAAGAUGUUAAUAACUUAAUAAGGUGACAAACCAUGUUCUGUUUUUGAGAACAUGUGAUAAACAUUUUAUGAAACAAAUGGAAAACAAUUUCCAAGUUGGAUUUUAAUAAUGAAAAAUGUGAGUCCAAAAAUGUUUGUAAAAUCAUUUGGAUAGGGUAGCGAUUGAUGAAACAUUUUAAUAUCUAAACUUAGUUUGAUGUAAAUAUGUAGCCACAAAAUGAGCUCUAAAAUGUUCAAUUGUAAUUUUGUAUUUUUCUUUUUUAAAAGAGAACUCCAUGAU